CCGCCUGGGUUUCCUUUAUGAUCCCGGGAUCUUCCUCCUCUCUCACCAGACUUCAGCUAGAAACAGAAGCGAGCGCACGCACUCUUUCCACGUCCACGCAGCUGCACGCACACGGGGGGCUACCCACCACAGCUGGCGUCGCAACCGAGAGAUUCCACCAGGACUUCCACAAAAAUAGUCCCGGGUUUUUAAGGCUGCAAAAAGGACGACUCGAAUCUACUUGUAGCCGCUGCCAGCCAACAUGUCCGAAGUGUUGCCAUACAACGAAGGGAAAAUGAGCGGCUACGGAGCAGACAGCGAGGUCAGCCAAAUGUCCUUUAGCUGCGGACUGCAGGACACAAACGCCUUUUUCGCCGGCUCACAAGCCAAAAGACCCCCGAAGCUCGGCCAAAUCGGCAGAGCCAAGCGAGUGGUGAUCGAGGACGACCGAAUAGACGAAGUCCUGAAAGGGAUGACGGACAAGUCGUCGCCCGGCGUUUAAAGACCCCCCGCCGAGGGAUGCCUUGCAGACUCUUUUCAUUUUGAUCACCGAUUUGAAGCGCUUGUCGGCUGUGCAUGUUGGAGGAUUGCGGAAAGAGAGGAAGAAACUGACGGCGACGCACCAUCAGGAUGAAGAUGGGCCGGAAAGAGAAGCGAGAGAAGGCCGUUUGAGAACCGGAAAGAAAGGCUACGUCGUGGGAUAUCGCUGGCAAUCCUCCAUAAAAAACAGUCCCGCUUUUUGUUUUCUUUUUCACGGAGAAGAAAAAUCCAGACGGCGGCUGUCGCGUCUCGACGCGCGCUGACUUUAUUAUAAAAGGUGAUGGAUGAACUUGUCAUUAAAACCAACACCCCCCGCCCGCUACAGACGCGCCGCAAAAACAAGUGUCGGGAUGAACCUCGACGUUGUACAGUAGGCUCAGCUUGCAGAAGCCCCCCGUCCCUCCUUCUUGUAGAUGGUGCAUUCAAGGGAGCUGUCCUUUCAGCACCGCUCCAAUGCAUUCCUGUUGCUGCUCUACCGCUUUGAUAUCCCCUUCUUCCUUUUCCCUUCUUCCCCAAAAUAGACCAACCAAACUCUCAAGUCUACUUCUAUUUAGAGGAGACCAGAUUGUAUGUAAAAACAUAUAUUCGAGGAUGGUGCAAUGUUAAUCUUUUCUGUAGUGGAAAUCCACUUGUUUUGGCCGCCCGCUUUUAUUUCUGGCUUAAAGUUGCAGGUUUACAUCGCUACACCUGCGCAUAUCGAUAGUACAAAUGCAACAAUUUCUCAAUUAUGUACACAAAAGGCUAAUUUCGCUCAAAUAUCAGUCACAAAUUGCGUGCUAGUGAGCACUUUUCCUUUGACAGGAUGAUUUAUCCACCUCACAGGCAUUUCGUAUAAGGAUGCUAAAUAGAUAAUACUAGCAUUGCUAAUAGAGGUGUGCAAAAUUUCCGAUUCUUAGAUUAUUCGCGAUUCGGCUGUGGAAGACUCGAGAAUGAUUCACAAACAUCCAAAUUCCGAUCAUUGAAAUAUGCGAAGUAAAGCGGAAGUACAACACACUCAGCGCGCCGCGCGGUCUUCGGAACGAAAAGAGAGUAGCUAAACAUCAUGCUUCUCAUUACCCGGCCCCUCGGGUAAUUCCAAUGCUCAACUCACGGCUCUAGCUCAACUCAUGCCACGAGAUAAAAAAAAAAACACAACAACAUACCUGACUGCUGCCGAAAAGCUGCUACAAAGUACAUCCACAUAAUGUUACGGUAGAUAUCAUUUAUAUGGGACUAGAUGCAAAUAGAUUCAGUAGCGUUAGCAGCACAUCUACAAAAAGCUACAUGCGGGCGUUAGUAAACGGCCGCCAUCUUAAAGCAGUACACUUCACUGCAAGGCUGUUGUAGCGAACCUUCCAAGUGAAGCUAAUUAACUUUUUAUCUAAAAUACUCCUAAAUCGGUAAAAUAUUGACUUGAAUCUAUCUUUAAAGUACAUCCACAUAAUGUUACGGUAGAUAUCAUUUAUAUGGGACUAGAUGCAAAUAGAUUCGGUAGCGUUAGCAGCACAUCUACAAAAAGCUACAUGCGGGCGUUAGUAAACGGCCGCCAUCUUAAAGCAGUACACUUCACUGCAAGGCUGUUGUACCGAACCUUCCAAGCGAAGCUAAUUAACUUUUUAUCUAAAAUACUCCUAAAUCGGUAAAAUAUUGACUUGAAUCUAUCUUUAAAAUAGUUUUAAAACUUUCACAUGUCGAAAGUAGACAAAAGGGAAAUUAUGGAAUAACGGGAGCAGUUAUAACAAAUUUAACGGUUGAUUCACAACAUUAAAUUAAUUGAAUGUAGUUUGAAGCUACUGAUACAGAAUGGGGACUGGAGUUUUUUUUAUUUACUGUUAAUUUUGUAUAUUUGUUUACUGCUAUAUGUUAACUUGAUACUGAAAUAGUAGUUCGGUUUAGCCUGAAAGUAUUUUUGAACAAUUUUGGAACUAAUGUGCAAAACAUUUAAAAAAAAAAGAAAAAAAAAGGAGGGGGGUGCAUCAAUAAUCGUUUUAUAAUCGAAUCGGAGCCUCUGAAUCGUUAUCGUAAUCGAAUCGUUAGGUGCCCAAAGAUUCCCAGCUCUAAUUGCUAUGGUGAAAAACUGAAAUUUUUUUUAUAGUUUCAUAUGAAUUUUCCGCACAAAAUGGAGGCCUACACAGAUCAAACCCAUCUAGGAACACUCCCAGACACAAAACUGUAAAUUUCACCAAAAUCCACCCAGGCGUUUCGGCGUCCAUAAAACACAGGACAUGAACUCAUCUCAUUCAUCUACUGUAUAUCAAAUUGACUCUGUAAAGCCCUCUGAGACGACCUUGUUCUGAUAUAGGGCUAUACAAAUAAAAUUUAAUUAAACUGAAUUAACACAUAGACAAACUCUUUCCCUUCUAGAGAUCAAGAUAGCUAAACAAAAUGAAUCCUUUAGUAAUAUUCCGGAAAAUUGUACACGUUUUUGAAAUCCCGCAUCUUGUUCUAAAGUGCUCAAAGCUACAAUGUAUUAUCACAGCACAUUCAAAUUUUUACAUGAAACCGGAAAGUUUGUACGGAGCUCCUAAAGGGACAUCAAUAAAAAUAAAAUCAAUUUAAACAAUCUGGUAAAAGGUAGUAUGUGGUGCGCACUAGAAAUGGUGAAUGCUGUUAUACUUAUAUAGCGCUUUUCCACCUUCCAAGGCGCUUUACACUAUCUCGCCAUCCACCUACUGGUGACGCAGCACCAGGAGCAACGUGGGGUUCAGUAUCUUGCUCAAGGACACUUAGGUGAGUUCAUCAGGGCAGAGAAUUGAACCCACAACCUCUGGGUUGGGGGACAACUACUUACCACUGAGCCACGCCACCCCCAGAAACAAUCUAAUGUGCUCCAGAUGGUAUGUGGUGCGCACCAGAAACUUUCUGGUACGCACCAGAUUGUUUCUAGUGUAUUCCAAGACAAUGUAAUGGUGACGAUGUGCAAGUAAUGCAGUAAUAUCUUUAGAGUUGAGUCCAAGAUUGAAGUAAAGGUCAACUAAAUCCUGUAUUAUCAUUUGUAGCAUGCAGAAACUGCUGGUGUCUGAUGUGCGCCUGCAGUUUGUGGCUUAUAAAAGGGAACUUUCUAGUGCGCACCACAUACUACCUGGUGUGCACCACAUAGUUUCUAAAGCGCACCAGAUACUAUCUGAUGCGCACCACACAGUUACCACCAUAUACUACCUGAUGUGCACAAGUUUCUAGUGCGCACCUGAUAGUUUCUAGUGCAGUUUCUAGUUAGCACCACAUACUACUUGAUGCGCACCACAUAAUUUCUGGUUAGCACAACAUACUACCUGAUGCGCACUAGAACCAAUGUGGUGCGCACCAGUUUCUAGUGCACACCACAUACUACCUGCUGCGCACCAGAUAGUUUCUAGUGCACACCAAAUACUAUCUGUUGCACACUAGAUAGUUUUUAGUGCAUACCACAUAGUUUCUAGUUAGAACCACAUACUAGCUGAUGCGCACCACAGUUUCUAUUGCGCACCACAUACUACCUGGUGCGCAUAAAAUAGUAUGUGGUGCACACUGAAAACGGUUGAUCACCAAAUAGUUUCUAGUUAGCACCACAUAUUAACUGACGCGCACCACUUUGUUUUGUAUUUAGCACCAAAUGAUGCGCACCACAUAGUUUCUGGUGCGCACCACAUACUACCUGGUGCGCACCAGUUUGUAGUGCGCGCUUCAUAGUUUCUAGUGUGCACCACAUACUGUCUGGUUCGCACCACAUAGUUUUUAGUUAGCACCACAUACUACUUGGCGCGCACCACAUAAUUUCUGGUAAGCACAACAUACUACCUGAUGCGCACUAGAAACUAUGUGGUGCGCACCAGUUUCUAGUGCACACCACAUACUACCUGGUGCGCACCAGAUAGUUUCUAGUGCACACCACAUACUACCUGGUGUGCGCCAGAUAGUUUUUAGUGCACACCACAUACUACCUGAUGCGCACCACAUAGUUUCUAGUUAGAACCACAUACUAUCUGAUGCGCACUUCAUAGUUUCUAGUGUGCACCACAUACUGUCUGGUUCGCACCACAUAGUUUUUAGUUAGCACCACAUACUACCUGAUGUGCACCAUAUAGUUUCUACUUAGCACCAGAUAGUUUCUAGUGUGUACAACAUACUAUCUGUUCCGCUCCAGAUAAUUUCUAGUUAGCACCACAUAAUACCUGAUGCGCACUUCAUAGUUUCUAGUGUGCACCACAUACUGUCUGGUUCGCGCCUCAUAGUUUUUAGUUAGCACCACAUAGUACCUGAUGUGCACCAUAUAGUUUCUACUUAGCACCAGAUAGUUUCUAGUGCGCACCACAUACUAUCUGUUCCGCUCGCUCCAGAUAAUUUCUAGUUAGCACCACAUACUAUCUGAUGCGCACUUCAUAGUUUCUAGUGUGCACCACAUACUAUCUGGUUCGCACCAGUUUGUAGUGCGCGCCUCAUAGUUUCUAGUGUGCACCACAUACUGUCUGGUUCGCACCACAUAGUUUCUAGUUAGCACCACAUACUACCUGAUGUGCACCAUAUAGGUUCUAGUUAGCACCACAUACUAUGUGUUCCGCUCCAGAUAGUUUCUAGUUAGCACCACAUACUACCUGAUGCGCACUUCAUAGUUUCUAGUGUGCACCACAUACUACCUGGUGCGCACCAGAUCGUUUUGUAGUGCGUAUCACAUACUACCAGAUGAACACCACAUACAUUGUUUAAAUUUUAUCUAAUUUCUCCUAAUGUCUUUUUAGGGACUCCGUAAAUUUGAAAGCCAACUGCGACAUUGCAAUCCCACUUUUAACCAAAAGGCAGCACUGUCGCCUCCACAAUCAAGGAUUUUCUAUGCUAAUUUUGUGAGUGUCGAAUGAAUUUUCCGCAUUAAACGAACGCCUACAGAGAUCAAACCCCUCUUAGAACAUUCCCAGACACUUAAAGUACAACUGUUUAAGAUUUCGUCAAAAUCUGCCCAGCCGUUUCUAAGUCCAUAGGGAACGAACACACACAAAAACGUUCCACUUAUAUAAACGUAUAGAUGAGUAUUAUUGCACAGGUAUGCCUUGGGUUGGCCACUCGUAUGGAUUACUUCGGCAAAGGAAAAGUGCUCACUAACAGGCUCGGAAAAAUUUGUGAAUAGUAUUUGGUAGAAAACACCUAUUGCAUGUAGCAAACUGUCUUUCGUUCCGAGCACUAAUCAAAGUGUCACCUUAAUAUUUUUGUUGAAUUUGAUUUGAAACAUAGGCCAAAUUUUGAAGUAAAUAGCAAACUAAUAAGCAGAAAACAUUCAUUUUAAACAGUGGUACCUUGACUUAGGAGUACCUCAGCGUAUGAGUUUUCGUAUCGAGUUGCCUGGUCUUUUUUCCCCCUUUGUGUAGCGAGUCAGUAUUUGCGUUAUGAGCAAGUUCAGCGAGGUUUCGAUUACAAAAUGUCUGCAACUGACAGUCAUCAUUUGCAUCAUGUAACUACAGACAUUUUGAUUUGUCUUACAGAAAGGUGAAAAGCAAAAACAAAAGAUUAUGAGAUUAUGGAGGGAAAAAAAUACCGUUUUUAACGUGAAGAUAUAUUUUUCUAACAGAUACCGUAAUGCCCUCACGUGUGGGCAAGGAUAGUUCCAGUUAUCAAUGCACCUUCAGCCCUUUAUUGAAUGGGAGAAGCUCCUCACAUCACUUACUAGGCAGCACAUAAAUACUAUAAUAUUCGCUUAUUGCGUUUUCAUAUAAUACAGUGCUCUUUUUUUCCCUUAUUAAAACUUUUUAGGGUGGGGUGGGAGUAUUGUAACAGUCAUGGUUGUUGAGCAAAUUGAAAUACGAGUUUGAUCAGGGAGCGAUUUAAACUCAUAAGUCAAGGUAGCACUGUCCAGUACUUGGGAAAUAUUCAUUUUACAUUUAAUGAGUGUUUUUCGUCAUGCAUGGAUUCUCACUGCGGUGCCAACGUAGGUGCCACCACGCUUACCCUCCCCUCCUCGGCACGCUUGUUUUUAAAUAAAGAAGGUCACAUUUGUAUUUUUAUAUCUAAAUAUUUGUUAUUUAAAUGAUAUGCUCGUCUAUGGUCUUACAGUUCAUCAACAACUACAAAAAAGUUUCUACUCGGGAGAGGAACGAGAUGACUCGCUCUCGUCGGAUUAUCAGAGCUCGGUGGUUUUUUAAAGACUAACUGAAUGUGUCUGGGGUUUUUUGCACACAUCGAUGUUCAACUAUUAGUAAGAAAUCGUAUACUGUGACUUGAGCUUCGUUGAUGAAUUUGUUAGAAAAUGGCAGUUUUAGAGUAUAUUGCACUGUUUACGAGUACGAUCAAAUAACCUGUCGUUAUUUGACCUAUUUU